AUCGUGGUCGCCUCGUUUCCGUUCUCCUCGUCGUUGACGUCCUCACGCUUUCCUUCUCCUCUAAUCGCUCAAGUCUCGCCCUCUUCCUUCUCUCCCUUCGAUCCGAUCUCCGCACCAGGGAGGAGGCGGCGGCGGAAAUGGCUCACCGAGUCGACCACGAGUACGAUUACCUCUUCAAGAUCGUCCUCAUCGGGGACUCCGGCGUCGGGAAGUCCAACAUCCUCUCCAGAUUCACCCGCAACGAGUUCUCCUUGGAUUCAAAGUCCACCAUUGGCGUCGAGUUCGCAACCAAGACCCUUCAGAUAGAAGCGAAGACAGUUAAGGCACAGAUUUGGGACACUGCCGGCCAAGAAAGGUACCGUGCCAUAACCAGCGCAUACUACCGGGGUGCUGUAGGAGCGCUUCUUGUCUACGACAUAACAAAGAAGCAAACCUUUGACAACGUGCAAAGGUGGCUGCGGGAACUCAGAGAUCAUGCAGACUCCAACAUCGUCAUCAUGAUGGCCGGCAACAAGUCCGACUUGACACACCUGAGAGCUGUUUCUGAAAAUGAUGGCCAGGAAUUCGCCGAAAAGGAGGGGCUCUCUUUCCUGGAGACUUCGGCCCUGGAAUCACACAAUGUUGAGAAGGCAUUCCAAACGGUUCUGACUGAGAUCUACCACAUUAUCAACAAGAAGGCCCUCGCAGCACAAGAGGCGGCGAGGAAUUCAGGCCCCCCUGGGCAGGGCACAACCAUCCAUGUCGUUGAUUCUUCAGAUGCUGGGAGCUCAAAGAGUUCCUGUUGUUCUAGCUAGAUCAUGAUGAUCCCCUGGCGAGCACAAUUUAGUCACACUCUCAAGGUUCGGAAAAAAAUGAGAAAUAUUUGUAGAUUAUUGUUGCUAAUUUUUUUGCAGUGUGUUUUAGAGCUUUAAAUCUAGUUUUCCUCGGUGAGGGGAAAUUUCUCAUCGAACAACCAGUGACACCCUAGUGUGCAAAAUUGCUGAAAUUUGAUUGUUAAUUUUUUUUUUUCUUUCUUGUCUUAAAUCCGACUUAAUGCUCCAAUUUGUGUUUCCUUUUA